AUGUACCGAGAGUGCCUGGUCUUACUGCCUCAGUAUUACCACGAACGACGCACGGGCCAAUAUUUCUCAAACAAUAUACCUGUUUCUCUGUACAAAGUCUUGUCAUUCCAGAAAGACUGUGGAUUGAGGAUUCUGAAAUGCUACGUGUGCACAUUACAGUUCCAGAGAAAAUACAGCCACUAUCAAGAGGAGGAGUUCAGUCAGAUAGCUUUUUUACCUCAUAAUUUUAGAGUUUAUGGUUAUAAUGGCACCGGACACAUGAAACCUUUUGACUAUCAGAUUCAGAAUUUUUGCUACUACCAAGGGUAUAUUGAAGGUUAUCCAAAUUCCAUGGUGAUCCUCAGCACAUGUACUGGACUCAGGGGCUUACUACAGUUUGAAAAUAUAAGUUAUGGAAUUGAGCCCUUGGAGCCUUCAAUUGGUUUUGAACAUGUGAUUUAUCAAGUAAAACAUAAGAACGCAGGCGCUUCUUUAUACGCCGAGAAGGAUAUUGAGCCGAGAGACAUGCCCUAUAAAAUACAUAGCAUAGAGCCACUUAAGGAGUUAUCUCACUAUAUAGAAAUGCAUAUUGUAGUUGAAAAAAAUUUGUAUCGUCAUAUGGGUUCUGAUACGGCUAUUGUCACUCAAAAAAUUUUCCAGUUAAUUAGUUUGACUAAUGCUAUUUUUACUUCAUUUAAUAUUACAAUAAUUCUCUCUUCAUUGGAACUUUGGAUAGAUGAAAAUAAAAUUCCAGUAACUGGAGAUGCUAAUGAAUUAUUAUACAGAUUUUUAAAAUGGAAAAGGUCUUAUCUUGUUUUGCGUCCACAUGAUAUGGCGUUUUUACUUGUUUACAGAGAAAAAGCAGAUUAUGUUGGUGCAACCUUUCAAGGAAAGAUGUGCGAUAGACAAUAUGGAGGAAGUGUUGCUCUGCACCCUAAAACCAUUAGUCUGGAAUCACUUUCUGUUAUUAUAGCUCAGUUACUGAGCCUUAGCAUGGGGAUACCUUAUGAUGACAUUGACAAAUGCCAGUGCUCAGGAGCUGUCUGCAUAAUGAACCCAGAAGCAAUACAUUCCAGUGGUAUGAAGUCCUUUAGUAACUGCAGCAUGGAAGAUUUUGCACUCUUUAUUUCAAAACCAAAAUCCCAAUGUCUUCAAAAUCAUCCACAUUUAGAUCCAACAUACAAAGCUGCAGUUUGUGGUAAUAGAGUAGUGGAAGAUGGAGAAGCAUGCGACUGCGGAUCUCAGGAGGAGUGUGAAAGGAACCCAGAGACAUGCUGUCAGUCUUCUGGAUGUAAACUAAAGUCCACUUCUGCCUGUGAUAAAGGACCAUGCUGUGAAAAUUGUCUAUAUAAAGAAAAAGGACGGGCAUGCAGGGAUGUCCAUGAUGAAUGUGAUCUUCCUGAAUAUUGCAAUGGAUCAUCUGCGUCAUGUCAAGAUAACUUUUAUAUUCAGGAUGGUUUUCGAUGUGGAAAACAACAAUGGCUCUGUGUACAUGGACAAUGUGUUAGUAUGGACAAACAAUGUCAGGAUACAUUUGGUGAAGAGGCACAUCAGGGCCCUGAAGAGUGUAUUCAAUACCUUAAUUCUAUGGCUGAUGAAUCUGGGAACUGUGGUUCAGAUACUUCAGGAUACACGAAGUGUGCCACUAAUGAUCUGUUGUGUGGAAAAUUAAUAUGUAAAUAUGAACAAGAAAGGGCACUUUCCAUUAGGAGUGCCACUGUCACUUAUAGUAAAAUAAACGAACAUACGUGCGUCUCACUGGAGUAUGCGAGUAGUCAUCCAGAAAGCUCAAAGAUGUGGGUAAAAGACGGAACUGUUUGUGGUGAAAAUAAGUUGUGCAAGAAUAAGAAAUGUAUAGAGGAUGACUUAAAUUAUGACUGUAAUCUAGAAGGCUGCAGCUUUCGGGGUGUAUGCAAUAAUAAAAAGAGCUGUCACUGUGACCACGGCUAUUUACCUCCAGAUUGCUGGGCCGAACAUGACUCAUGGCCCGGAGGGAGUGUUGACAGCGGCAACUUCCCGCCCGCAGCGGCCCGCCGUCCCGAAAGGCUCUAUACUGGGAGUACUUACUCUUCCAAACCUACGAGAUGGCCAUUUUUCCUACUCAUUCCUUUUGCCAUUGUUCUCUGUGUAAUGAUCGCAACCCUGGUAAAAGUUUAUUUCCAAAGGAAAAAGUGGAAAACUGAGGAGUAUACAAGCGAUGAGGAACUUGAAAGUGAGAGUGAAACCAAAGAGUAA